AACUGCUGCCAAAACAACUAUGUGCGUCCAGCGUCUGCUGAGGCUGAGGAUGGCGUCCCGCUCGUGCUCCCGCUGCGCUGCCUUGGCGCCGCACGCUGCGCUCCCGCUCUCCUCUCUCCUCGCACCCUCGCCCUCUGCCGCGCGCCCUCGAUCCGCGCCCCUCUCGUGCGCAGCUCGGCCGUGCAGGGGCCACGCGGCGGCGUCAGCGUUGCACGGCGCGGCAGGGCGGAGGCCCCCGAGCGUGGCGGCGAUGUCGUCGUCGACGCCGCCGCCGGGAUCCGUGCAGAAGUCGGAAGAGGAGUGGGAGGCCAUCCUCACGCCGGAGCAGUUCAACAUCCUACGCCUCAAGGGCACCGAGUACCCUGGAACGGGUGAGUACGACAAGUUCUUUGAGGAGGGCAUUUAUAAAUGUGCUGGAUGUGGAACUCCCUUAUACAAAUCAUCGACAAAGUUCAACUCAGGGUGUGGCUGGCCGGCAUUCUAUGAAGGACUUCCUGGGGCCAUAAGGCAGACGCCGGACCCUGAUGGGAGGCGGACAGAGAUCACAUGUACUGCUUGUGGAGGACACUUGGGGCACAUAUUCAAAGGGGAGGGGUUUAAGACGCCUACCAACGAGCGACACUGUGUUAACAGCAUCUCGCUUAAGUUCAAUCCGUCCCCCGAGGAAGCCUGACGGCAGAUGAACUCCCAAUCUGUAACUCAACAACAGAAUAAAUUUGGACUUUGUUUGUUGCUUUCACAUUGUGUAGAGAGCUAUGAGAUCGAGUUUGUCAUUCCUCGGAUCAUUUCGAAUAUGAUGUAAAAAAUCCAAUCACAAGUGCUGGUCUUUGUUGAUAAAUCAAUGUACCUCAGUUUUAGAUG